AUGCUAGGAAACCAACCUCAGAUUCCUCAAAGAGGGAGACUGGAGGAGAUUACAGGUACAAACUCUUCCCGGGCUUUCAGGUACAACUCCGGCCAACACAGGUACCAACUCUUCCUGUCAAGGGUACAACUCCUGCCCAACAAACAGGGUUACAAACCCCCUGGACCUCAGACCCUCUAUAUAUAUAUUUACUACCCAUCCAACAUUUUCAUUCACCACACAGGUAUAUCUGUAACAAAGUUGCUAACAGUUAAUCAGCAGCAGCUUUUUGUCUCUGCAGAAAGCCCUCAGAGUUGUGUCAUCCAUAUCACUCAGCUGGAGAGAGACACUGUCCUGGUCUGUCUGGACCGUUGUAUAAAGAUCGUAAACCUUCAGGGGAAACUGAAGUCCAGCAAGAAGCUGUCAGCUGAGCUCACCUUCAACUUCCAGAUCGAGGCGAUUGUGUGUUUACAGGACAGUGUUUUGGCCUUCUGGAGACAUGGCAUGCAGGGGCGGAGUUUCAGAUCAAACGAGAUCACUCAAGAGAUCAGUGACAACAGCAGGAUGUUCCGCCUGCUUGGCUCUGACAGGGUGGUGGUUCUGGAGAGCAGAGCGACAGAUAACCCGACUGAACACAGUAACCUGUACAUACUCGCUGGACACGAAAACAGCUACUAAAACCAGGACCAAACCAGGACCAAACCAGGAACAAUCCAGAAACAAACCAGUUCAAAUGAAGUUAUAAAUCUGGAGUGCUUCAGUCUGGUAUUGUACGACUGUGGUUCUGCCAUCUUACCAUCACAUUUCUGAAGAACAAGGACCAAACCAGGUCCUGUAUUGUCCACGACUCAAAUUAUCCCACAAUUCAACUGUAAAUGUAGUCAACGAACAAUGGUGCCAGCUACUACCAUGCAUUACAGUUGACAGGAGUAGUGUCCGACACCAAGUUAACAAGUUUAGACCCUGCCAGUCAUUCCAAACUGGACCCACAGCAGGUUUGGCCCAAGAAACAGGUCAAGAACCAGAGUCCAGCUCUCAGUGUUUUUCCACCAAAUUCUCUUCUCCACUAAAAACCGGUUCUGUUCAGGAUUCUUGGAACUAUGGUGCUAUCUAGUGAACCAGCACACGUGGAACCAGUGUAAUCGGAUCAAGAGGGGGCACUGCACAAUGACCAGUAGAAUGUGACGCAUCCACUUUGGUAAACUUUUGUGGUUCCGAAACAGUUCAUUUUUGGUAAUAAUGUGGUUCACAACUGGGGGGUGAACCAGAACGGAGCGGUUCCCUGUUGGUGGAAAAGGCCUGACUGUGGACCACUGGUGGAUCCAGUUACUGAAACAUUAUUAUAAUCAAUAAAGUUCAUCAGAACUCGAAGUCUGUACAGAGUUUUAUGAUGAGUAAUGGGUAAUGAGUAGUAUGUUUAUACUGUAAAUGUACAGUAUGAGAGUAUUUGUUGGAUCCAGUCUGUGACGCUGCUGUCAUGGUUCAGUGAAGCAGCCGAGACAAUGGGAUGAUCUGAAGUUUUACACAGUAAGUCAUGUUUAGGUAUUUUCUGGUAUUUUUAAUGAUAUUUUAGAGUUUCCUGAUGGAUAGAUUGAUAAGUAGCCAACCGCUAACUGCCGUUAGCUCAGUCAGCCACGCAACUAACCUAACUGACUCAGCUCUGGGAUGCCAGGACCCGAGUCCACCAGCAGGAGGCAGGAGUGAUGAAGGCAACGUCUGUUGUGUAUGUAUUGAUUAUUAUCAGUUACUGAGCUCUGACUACGGAGCAGAUAAACAUCCUGUCCGUCUGAAUAUUAAAGCUGCUUUUAAAUUUUACAUUUAUUCAAUCUUUUUUAUGCUGAUGUGCAAACACUGUAAAUUAAAACCUCUUUUUUACUCUGAUCA